AUGUCGAUAAUGUGGACGUUGACCGCGGGUUUUUUGUACACGGAGGGAUUUAUAAUCACCCUUCUUCUACUGCCCCUCAUCUCCUCCACUCGGUGGAACAGCCUCUUCAAAUCGAGCAUCAUGUCUGCUUUCGCUUCUUACGGAUCUUUCUACUUUCGUGGUUGCAUCUGUCUUCUCACAAUUAUGAUUGGCGAGGCUGCGAGAAGUGUUUGGAAUCAGAGCAAUGCGUACCAAAAGUUGAAGGAUAACCCGCAGGAUUUCCGCCCUGAGACAGAGUCUGUCUUCUUGAUGCGACUUUUCCGAGCUCAGAGGAACCUCUACAUUUCGGGCUUUGCUCUCUUCCUAUGGUUCGUACUGUAUCGUCUGAUCGGACUGAUUUCACAACACGCUCGACUGAUUGCGACUAGCGAGGCCUCCCUGGCACAAGCCAAAAGUGCCAGCGAGGCAGCCAGCAAGUUCCUCUCUCAAGACAAGUCUGCGAAGGAGGAAUCCUCGGACAAGGCGGUCGGCCUAAAGGCUGAAGUGGAAAAGCUGAGGAAGCGACUGGAGGCGGAAGAGGAAGGUAAGCAUUUUUUUUGUUGCAUAAUAUGA